AUGCUGUGGCUGUGUUUUGUGACUCUUAUGGUGACCGGCCAGACUCUUGUCACAGCCUUGCCUCUCCGAACUCCAGACCUGCGAAGACCCCAUGCAGAACCACCUGAAGCCGACCAAGAGUUUGCAGAGGUCAAGUCAGAGAGACAGAAGAGGACUACAGACCCAGAUGAAGAUGCUGAUUGGACGACUGAAUUCUGUGAUAACGUCCAGAAGAUGCAGCGCUUCUUUGGUUUACCUCCAAGUGGAGAGCUGACCAGAGAGACUCUGGCAGUAAUGAAGAAGCCGCGCUGUGGUCUGUCAGAUGUGGAACGAUUUGGAGAGUCAGUUCGCUGGAAGAAGAGGACCCUCAGCUACAGGAAGACAUUUUACAAGUAUCUUUUAAAGGAAUUUAAUCAAAUAUGUUUUCCACAUUAUCCCUGUAAAUCAGAUUUCAGGAGAUUUCCAGGCUACUCCCUAGUCACUACACCCCUGAGCGUUACCGUAGUCGAGCCAGCAGUAGAUGACCAUGACUACACCUUGUUUUCUGGCCUGGAAUAUCUACGGCACUUCUAUGGCUACAAGCCCAAGUCAGAGAGACAGAAGAGGACUACAGACCCAGAUGAAGAUGCUGAUUGGACGACUGAAUUCUGUGAUAACGUCCAGAAGAUGCAGCGCUUCUUUGGUUUACCUCCAAGUGGAGAGCUGACCAGAGAGACUCUGGCAGUAAUGAAGAAGCCGCGCUGUGGUCUGUCAGAUGUGGAACGAUUUGGAGAGUCAGUUCGCUGGAAGAAGAGAACCCUCAGCUACAGGAUUGCUGGCUACAAGUUCCCUAUCCAGGCCUCAAAGGUUUCCAGAGUCUUCAGAGCAGCAUGGAAACUCUGGUCCAACGUAGCGCCGAUGAAAUUUCGCAAGCGGGGCAGGAAAGAGGCUGACAUUGUCAUCUCCUUUCACCAUGGCGACCAUAAGGACGGCUCACCUUUUGAUGGCAAAGGAGGAGUCCUGGCUCAUGCCUUUAUGCCCGGGUCUGGUAUUGGUGGAGACAUACACUUUGAUGCUGAUGAAGAUUGGAGCUUUAAUUCUACUGGUAUCAACCUUUUUGCUGUAGCAGCCCAUGAAUUUGGACAUGCACUUGGCCUGCCCCACUCAUCUGACCCCGGAGCUAUCAUGUACCCAGCAUACAACUUUGCCCCAAAUAAUGAACCUCAGCUCUCCUUCCGCGAUGUCAAAGAUGUCCAACACCUAUAUGGUAUCAGUCCCCGUUUUGCUUCAGAAUUCUCAAAAAAACCUCCUCCAAGAACACCUGACAAAUGUGAUCCAGAACUGUCCUUUGAUGCUGUAACAGAAUUACAACAAGAGGUCCUGUUUUUCAAAGACAGAUUCAUGUGGCGUAAGCAUCCUAUGUUUGAUGAAACAGGAAUCACCCUGAUUAGCAGUCUGUGGCCGGACACAGUACCCCUCUACUUAGACGCUGCCUAUGAGAAUGUGGAGAAGAAUGUUAUUCUGUUUUUCAAAGGUCGUCAAUACUGGAUGCUGAGGCAGUUAAAACUUGAGGAGGGUUUUCCACGAAACAUCUCAGACUUGGGCUUCCCCUCUAGAAUAAAAUCUGUAGAUGCUGCUCUUCACUUCAGGAAUGACCGCUACACUGUGUUCUUCACUGGCCAUGAGUGCUGGAGGUACAAUGAGCAGCAGAAGAUGAUGGAAGGAUCACCGACACUUAUAGAGCAGCAGUGGCCCGGGAUUCCAACUCCGAUAGAUGCAGCCGUCAUCUAUGAUGGCUUUGCGCACUUCUUCAAGGGAAACAUUCACUACACUUUUGACUCCAGCUCUAAAUGUGUGGUCUCCACCGGCCCUGCUAAUGAUCUGCUGGAAUGCAAGGAGAACAAUGAAAUACCGACAGAGAGGAGAUAAUUGAAAGACUGUUCUUCAUGUAGCUUGAUGACGAUGGUGCUGUGUACUUUCUCCAUGUGUAUACACAAGUGUUACAAAACUGUAUAUUAAGCAAUAACCACAAUGUACCUAAUAACAAUUUGGGAACAGAUGAAUAAUCCAGGGAAGUGGUUAAAAGUGUUACCUCAGUACGUAGUACAAUGUUGAAAUAAUGGCAUUUGUACCAGUUUGACAGUUGUUCUGUAAUGUUGAUGUUACAAAUGUGUUUUUUAAUGUUUGUAUUUUAUUCAAAUGUUGCUGCUAGAUGUGUGUAUUUGUUUGUUUUUGUGUGCGUGUGUGUGUGUGUGUGUGUGUGUGUGUGUGUGUGUGUAUUUGCUAAAUAAUAUUUGAAAUAUCUUCACAUGUAUUGCAUUGUAUUACAGUUCUUCUAAAGACACCUGACAAAAUGUAAACUGUAUUUUAUGGUUCUACCUUUGCAUCAUCUUUUGGU